CACUUAACCAUUAGAAGUCGAAUCAGGCGGUACCACAUAAGAUUUAACAAAAGAACAUCCCGGUCGAAGCCUUAAUCCAGUUCACAUCUUCAAAAAUUUAUUUCAGUUUUUUUUUUAUUUGCUCUGUGUCCAUGUCCGCCAAGACGUGUCUUCUCCUCCAGGGUUUUCAACAGAAAUUGUGUACUCUGUACUGGUGUUCUCAAUGCAUGCUACACCGGCAGACACUGACUUCCUUGUAAUGUAAAUGUAAAAAUAAUUAAUUACUCUACAACGCAUCUGCAAGUAUUUUGCUACAGCGAAUUUGCAUAACAAAGUAUUACGUAAGAAGAGUCUACGAUGAAAGUAACUCCUUGACAAAAAUCAUCCUUUUAAAAAAAGAUGAUACAAUCCAGCUCACAUUACCUAUCGACACGAGUGAUACUACGUCACGACAUGAAAAGUUGCUGUUGGUGUCAUAUCUACUGUGUACCAGGGGUGGCCAAACUACGGCCUGCCGCUGUAGUCAAAUACACAGUGCUUUAUAUUAACUUACGGUGAGAUUUACGACGCCGCGAACAAGUCAGGUUUUAGCGCUGAAUAUUAAGGUAGGUUUUAAGUCGAUAAUUCACUACUGUCCGAAGAUUCUCAAAACUAAAACCAUUGGUUGUGCCACGUUUGAGAACACAUGGAGCAAGGCCCUUGUUUAGAAGCAAAUGUUCAUUGUCGUGUUCACAACAGCCUGAAGAAAUUUGUCUACCGCCAGUUUCGUCCUUCUGUUUCCAGAUCCGUAUAACACUUUUACGAACAUUUAUCGACCUGUUAACGCAUUCGGAAAACGACACUAGCAGUUAUGGUAGUCGUCACCAAAUUGCAUGCUUCAAGGUCACAGCAACACCGUUGCAACACUUACAGCGAAGCCCGCGGCGUAGCAAUUAUAGCAGCACAGAACUCUCAGAAUGAAUUCUCAGUGUUAUUCACUGAUUGGAGGUCAGUCUAGGUUUAUACGCGUAUUCACAGGAUUGUCCAGACACUCGUUCGAAAGAGGGAGGGCCCUGCUUUGUUCGGGAGUGGCGCUGAACUGUAGUCAACAGAUUUCUGAUCCGUGAAGCCAGAAAUGUUGUUGUGUUUCUUGUAGCGUGUGAAGCCGUGUAGACGGCUAGAAAAGUUUCACUGAAUAUCUAAGCGACAUAUUUCUCUAAUCCGCUACAAGUGUACAUGACGUCACAACCAGUCACAUUUAACCAUCGUAUAAAUACCAAAUCAUACAUUUAUCUAUAUACUUCGCGCACACAGAUCUAGCACCGAGGUUAAAACGCGUAGAGCUAUACAUUUUUAAAACCGUGGUACUUCAGAAGUACAGUACGUACAGUAACGAGAAUUUCAGGAUAUCUGAGAUUCCGUUACAAGUAGAUUCUGCUUAAAACACUCCGUCAUAUUGUCUACGGAACAGAUUUGUUCAUACAUCGAUAGUGACGUGGUCUGAGACGCCGUGUGGAACAUUCGAUGGGUACAACUCUUCGUUAAACUUUUGUACUCACUUACGAAUCCACAUGCCGUUGCAGUCCAGGAGACUUCCGUCUAGACGUGUCUACUACAGUAAGAACCACAGAUGUUAAACAAAUUAUUUAUACAGUGAUUUAUAGUUCACCAUCUUUGAUAAACAGCUCUGAGUUGAAUACGCAGUGGUAAACAAAGGAAAAUCACACUUGACUACCUUGUAAUUAUUAUAACUGUGAAAAAGAAGGCAGUUCAUUUCGAAGAAUUACAGUUUGAUGGACUGUCUGAGGUUCGAGACCCGGAUGCAUCUAGGUUUUUCCAUCGGCCCCUUUAGCGGAGGGAUUCCCGAGCUGGUUGGUACAGUUCGUUCAAAAGAGUGUUUCACCCACGGACUGAUGAGCAACAGAGGAAUUCAUCUGAAACCAUUGCGUCGUUCCGGCACAACUGCUUCGGUACAUCAGACCUUGCUAAAAAUAACCAUCCUCUCUCAUCAGUACAGCCCUGUGAUAAUUUACAAAACUAUGUAAAGAGCAUCUGGGAAAUGGGUGCUAUUAUUGGUAAGGGGAGAGGCUUGAAUGUUGAUGAAUUCUGAGCAAUGUCUGCUGUAUGUAAUGGCUCCCAACAACAGCAAGUACAUCUGCAACAUCACAAGAAUAGAAAUGAAGUUGCUCGACGCCGCUGGAAGAUCUUGGCUCGGGCAUUACAAAAAACCAGUGACAUUGAUACGACACCAACAAAUGUUAACGACAUCAUAUCAGUGCGACGUUUCACAACAUUUGAUCUCGUAACAUCCCGACCCAUAAUACUAAACAACGGCACUGAUGAUCCUGCUGCGUCGUGGUUUGAAUAUACUGCAACUAUAUCACAAAAUACAUAUUCCUUGAAUAUUCGACAUCCUACACGAAGUUUCACUGCAGCUGAGCUCAUUGGAUUCAACAAUACUGGAAAUAUAUGUGUUUGGCCAUCAGAAGAAGUGCUGGCUUACUACAUUCUAUGCAACUUGCAAUAUUUUUCUGGUAAAACGGUUCUGGAGCUAGGGGGAGGAAUGACAUGCCUUGCUGGCCUCAUGGUGGCCAAAUACACAACAGCAGCAAACAUCCAUGUCACUGAUGGAAAUAUAUCAGCCAUUGAUAACGUACAGUUCAUUGUAAAGCAGAAUGGUUUAGGGGAUUGUGCUGCAUGCUCUGUCUUGCAGUGGGGGGAUAUUCAAGACAAACCCGUUGGUAAUCACAUUUCAACAUAUGACAUUAUAUUAUCUGCUGACUGCUUAUUCUUCGAUGAAGCUCGUCAGGAUCUUAUUGAAACUAUUUGGACAAUGUUGAAUGAGGAUGGAACUGCUUUUGUGAUGGCUCCACGAAGGGGGCAUACAUAUGAAAAAUUUGCAGAAGAAGCUAAAAUGAGAGGGUUUCAUUGCAAGAGUAAGCAGUAUUACAAUGAACAUGUUUGGAAUAGGCAUUUAAAAUUGAAACAAAGUUGUGAUUAUGAUGAGAAUAUUCAUUAUCCAAUGCUCCUGCAUCUUAGAAAGACAUAUGCUGAAAAUUCUUAUAACUAAAUUUCUGUUUGCCUUUUAGUUUAUGUUAAAUAUUUUUAUGAGAGUCAAAUGUAAUUGCAAAAGAAAAUCAAACUUUAAUUUGUAAUCUGAUGAUGUGCCAUGAAUAUUGCCAAACAUUGCCAGAAGCCAUUCUUUUCUUUAUUUGCAAUGAAGCAGGUCUAGUCUUGGAAUAUAGAAAGUAGUUUUCUUUUGUUACAGACAUUCAAGGACAGAUUGAAGUAUAUAGGUACUUUGUUUUGCAGCUAGAUUGGCAUGGCUUUUCA